CGCGCCACCCCCAGUACCUCUCCGGCCGCCGCGCCGCCUGGCUCCCGUAUUCCUUGUUCUCGGCGGGCCGUGGGGCCUCCGCGCCGCGGCCGUUAGUCAUGUCGGAUUCUGGAAGUUACAGUCAGUCUGGGGGUGAGCCGCAAAGUUAUUCUUCCUAUGGAAAUCAAGGCAGCCAAGGCUAUGGACAAACAGCACAAAGCUAUUCUGGCUAUGGGCAAGCGACUGACCCCUCUUAUGGACAGAACUACAGCAGUUACUCCGGUUAUGGACAAAGUCAGUCAGGUUAUUCACAAUCCUAUGGUGGUUAUGAGAAUCAAAAGCAGAGCUCAUAUGGCCAGCAGCCAUAUAAUAACCAGGGACAGCAGCAAAACAUGGAAUCAUCAGGAAGCCAAGGUGGAAGGGCACCUUCCUAUGACCAGUCAGACUAUGGUCAACAAGAUUCAUAUGACCAGCAGUCAGGCUUUGAUCAACAUCAAGGCUCAUAUGAUGAGCAGUCAAAUUACGAUCAGCAGCAUGAUUCCUAUAAUCAAAACCAGCAGUCCUAUCAUUCACAAAGGGAAAAUUACAGCCACCACACACAAGAUGACCGUCGUGAUGUGAGUAGGUAUGGAGAAGAUAAUAGAGGAUAUGGCGGGUCACAGGGAGGAGGUAGAGGGCGUGGGGGAUAUGACAAGGAUGGAAGAGGUCCUAUGACAGGGCCAAGUGGUGGUGACCGCGGUGGCUUCAAAAAUUUUGGUGGUCACAGGGAUUAUGGACCCAGACCAGAUGCUGAUUCAGAAUCUGAUAAUUCAGAUAACAACACAAUCUUUGUGCAAGGACUUGGGGAAGGUGUCUCUACAGAUCAGGUUGGAGAGUUCUUUAAACAAAUAGGAAUUAUCAAGACAAAUAAGAAGACCGGAAAACCAAUGAUAAACCUUUAUACAGACAAGGACACAGGGAAGCCAAAGGGGGAGGCAACAGUGUCAUUUGAUGACCCUCCUUCAGCUAAGGCAGCCAUUGACUGGUUUGAUGGAAAAGAAUUCCAUGGCAACAUCAUUAAAGUGUCCUUUGCCACUAGAAGACCUGAAUUCAUGAGAGGAGGUGGAAGUGGAGGUGGGCGGCGAGGCCGUGGAGGAUAUAGAGGUCGUGGAGGCUUUCAGGGGAGAGGCGGAGACCCCAAAAGUGGGGAUUGGGUUUGUCCUAAUCCGUCAUGUGGAAAUAUGAACUUUGCUCGAAGGAAUUCCUGCAAUCAGUGCAAUGAGCCUAGACCAGAGGACUCUCGUCCCUCAGGAGGAGAUUUCCGGGGGAGAGGCUACGGUGGAGAGAGGGGCUACAGAGGUCGUGGGGGCAGAGGUGGAGACCGAGGCGGCUACGGUGGAGACAGAAGUGGGGGUGGCUAUGGUGGAGACAGAAGCAGCGGUGGUGGCUACAGCGGAGAUAGAAGUGGGGGGGGCUAUGGUGGAGACAGAAGUGGGGGUGGCUAUGGUGGGGACAGAGGUGGAGGCUAUGGUGGGGACAGAGGAGGCGGCUAUGGAGGAGACCGAGGAGGUGGCUAUGGAGGAGAUCGAGGUGGCUAUGGAGGAGACAGAGGAGGAGGCUAUGGCGGAGACCGAGGCGGCUAUGGAGGAGACCGAGGAGGUUAUGGAGGAGAUCGAGGGGGCUAUGGAGGAGAUCGAGGGGGCUAUGGAGGAGACAGAAGCCGCGGGGGCUAUGGAGGAGACCGUGGUGGUGGCAGUGGCUACGGUGGAGACCGAAGUGGAGGCUAUGGAGGAGACAGGAGUGGUGGUGGCGGCUAUGGAGGAGACCGAGGUGGGGGCUAUGGAGGAGACAGAGGUGGCUAUGGAGGCAAAAUGGGAGGAAGAAACGACUACAGAAACGAUCAGCGCAACCGACCAUACUGAUGACUGUUUUGAAUGUUCCUUUGUCUCUGACAUGAUCCAUAGUGAAAUUGCCAGAGUUUUGCCUGCUGCUUUCCUCGUGGCCUCUUCUUGGGUAGUGAAAUUAAGUGACAUUUGGAUUUUUAUUUGGGUGGGAGGGCUGGGACAGUUUUUCUUUUAGAAAUGUCCGUUGAGAUUUCCCCCUUUAGUUUCCAACCUUCUCCCCAACCCUUGGAGCUAAAUGCGUUGUAAAAUAUUGCCAAAAUGAAAAGUGUUUUGUAAUACUGCAAUAAAGGCUGCUUGUUUUUGUGGA